AUGAUCAGACGAUUUUUCAGUGUUAAUUCCAUUCGAAACUUAUCGAGUGCGGAGUCUUUGGUGGAAAGAGCAAAGAAAGUAGCAGCCUACAAAGCUGUGGAUGAAAAUUUUCCUACAGGUAAUAAUAUUGUUGGAAUAGGAUCAGGUACAACAGUCAUAUAUGCUACUGAGAGAAUAGGAAAAUUGAAGGACAAGGAGUCAUUUGUCUGCAUCCCAACCGGGUUCCAAGCUAAGCAGUUGAUUAUUGACAAUGGAUUGAGGUUGGGAUCGAUUGAACAAUACCCAGAGGUGGAUGUAUCGUUUGAUGGGGCAGACGAGGUGGAUACGAAGUUAAACUUGAUCAAAGGUGGUGGCGGGUGUCUUUUCCAGGAAAAAUUAGUGGCAUCCGCGUCCAAGAAGUUUGUAGUAAUGGCUGACUUCCGUAAGAGAUCGCUGUCAAAUUUAGGAAUACAAUGGAGAAAGGGCGUACCUAUUGAGGUCGUACCAAUUGCGUACAAUAAAGUGAUAAGCGACUUAAAAACUAUGGGAGUGAGGGAGGUCAACUUGCGGCAGGGAGGUUCAGCCAAGGCGGGACCCGUGGUGACCGACAACAACAAUUUUUUGAUCGACGCUGAUUUCGGCGACAUUUCAGAUCCUGCGAAAUUACACGCUGAUAUCAAAAAUUUGGUGGGCGUCGUGGAAACUGGGUUGUUUGUGCAAAUGACCGACAAAGCAUAUUUCGGUGAACAGUCGGGAGAAAUCAAAUGCUGGCAUAAGUGA